GAUGGGGUAACUUAACUUUUUGUCAUCACUGACCGCAGGAAGGAGGACGAGGAAGGUGGCAUAGAAGAUCUAUUCUAGGAUCUGCUAGCCUAGAGCUAAGAGUAUCUUUGAAACUUGUCUGGGAAGGACUUUUCUGCUUUGCAACAAGCUCUUAGUGGAAUAUAUGCUUUUUCAAAUGAUGAAAUGUGGCAUUCAAUUCCCUUGCGAUUGUUGCAGUGUCUUGACGCCAUAACUUAAGGGCUAACAUUUAUAAGUUGAAGAGCUAUGGACAACAGGUCAACAAACACCAGGGAAGAAUGUCUUCUGGACAUGGACAAACAGGGUCAGAUACAGCGCAUCAAGGACAUUUGCCAAGUUAUUCCUUAUCCCCCCAGUGUGCAGAAGCAGGAGGAGCUAGCUGAAGAGUUCCUAGAAAUUGUGGACAGACUGGGAUUAGAUUUGAGUGACCCUGUGAAAACGUUUCCCAGUGCUUUCAACCCCUUCUUUGAAGCAUGUCAGUCUGGCAAUAUUCCGAUCCUCAAGAUAUUUGUUGAGCGAGGUGCUAGUCUGAAUGUCUUUGACGCUCAUGGGAGGACACCUCUGUUCCUCGCUAUUUCUGCACGCAACAAUGACCACAACGUUGUUUCCAGUAUCCUUGACCUUGGAGCCAAAAUUGAUCUCAGCUCAGAAGGAAGAUCGCCUCUUUUAGCGGCUUAUUAUAAUGUGAAACGAGAGACGGCUACAGUCCUCCUGAGGCGAGGUGCAGACGUGAACAACGUGAUCCUGCCAUCGUUCUGCUUCGUGGAGUCUGUCUUCUCCCUGCACUCCAACCUAGUCAUGAUGGCUUCUGGUCACCGUUUUCAGCUGACCUCCUUUCUAGAACUGGUGGCACUGUCUACAGAGAUUGUCAUGGCUGGUUUGCACCAACGGACUUUCUACCUCACAGCGAGGGGAGUUCUCUAUGAAAGAUUUACCCGAGGGGAGCUUCUCACACUAUGGAAAUUUCAGCACUUGUGUAUGAUUCUCAACUUUAAGGUGGAGAAAAAAUCUUUGGAACGAACAAUUCAGGAAAUACGGGAUCUAAUUGGUGCGGAAAGAGACAGGUCUCAGGUGGGAUGGAUGACAGAAAGACAAGAGAGAUUGUUGUGGAUUCAGAAUUUUCAGUCCAAUGCUUUACCCUUGACCUACUUAGCCCGCAUUGCCCUGAGAUCCCACCUGGUGAACCCGCAUGUGGGAGCAACUGCUCAUGUGAAUGUAAAGAUAGACUCUCUGCCACUUCCUCGGAUGUGCCUGGACUUUCUCAAGAUGAAACACUGUGAUAUCCGCGAUGUUCAUGAUUAUAUGACUGUGUAGUGCCUCAUGGGGAGUACUUAACGACAAGAACAGGUACAUUUCUGUGAUAGGAAAGAAGAAAAAAAAAACCCACCAGAGCACCCGCCAACCACCCACUGAUGUUGUUAUAGACUUCGCACCUGAACUAAAGUGUACUCCAUGUGAUAGACUAACGGACAUAACUGAAACAUUUCUGUGCCGAGCUGUUCAACUGUUCUAAGCUCAGAAAGCAACAAUUUUCAGGAGAGAAAAAAAACUGUUUCAUUCUUUUAACAAUUAUACUGACAAUAUAUUAUAU